AUGUUUAUUUAUAAUAAUGACGUACAAGUAUUGUAUUGUGCCAAGAUGUACAAAUACUUCGAUAAAAACACCCGAGAAACUAUUUUUUCAAGUGCCGCGUGAUUCCAAAAUCCGCAAAAAAUGGUGUGUCGCGAUGAAGAGGGAAAAUACUAAACUGUCAUCCAAAACCAGCAGGCACUGCUGUGAAGAUCACUUCGAUUUGGAAACAGACAUGGAGAAUUACUUUAAGUUUAAGCUUGUUGGAGGAAAGUUACAGUUAAAAAAGGGAGUUUUACCACAUAAAUUUGAAUGUCAAAAACUUUCGACAAUUACUAUAGUCAGGUCCGGUUACAAGAAAAGGCAGGAUAAAGAAUCUAUCCAACAAAUUUUAUGCCCAAACAUUGGACAUGAUAACCUAUUGGUGGUACCUGUAGAAUUUGAAGAAUGUAAAACAUCUAAGGAGUUGUGCAAAUAUACCCGUUUAUUUCCUGCAAAUGAAGACAAAGGUUCAGAACUUAAAGCUAUGCCAGAUCAUAAAAAUAAAGCUGUGCAGGUUAAUAUCAAGGUGGAAGUGAAGACCAAAUCUACUGGGACACCGAAAAGAAGGAAUAGGACGAAACGAACAUGUGUAAAAGAAACUCGCCCACGAAAGUGUCAAGUAACAUCGAACACAACGAUGGAUAAUGAUCCCAAAGUUACUAAACAAAAGUCUAGGUUGAUAAUUUCGUCUUUACAAGAACCAAAUGUGAAAGAAGAAAUUGAAGUAGAUAAUAGUUGGAUGGUUCAGACCCCAGACUGGAAUCAAUCAGGACCAAAUGUGAAAGAAGAAAAAAUAGAAGAAGGGGAAGAAAUGGUAGAAGUGGAAGAAGAAGAAUUAGAAGAUAACAAUAGACCAAAUGUGAAAGAAGAACAAAUGGAAGAAGAAGAAGAAGUAGAAAAUGACAAUGGGAAGCGACAGAUUGAAAUAGUCAUUAACAAUCCCAGUUUCACUAGACAAAAUCCUCACUUGAUAAUUUCACCUUUAUCAGGACCAAAUGUGAAAGUAGAAGAAAUGGAAGACAAAGAUGAUAAUGAAGAAGUGGAAGAAGAAGAAGCAGAAGAUAACAAUGUAGCAUCAGCAACAUCGACACCCACAGUUGGGGUCAAACCCCCAGAAAAGAAUGCAAUCAAAGCGAAACUGUUCUACAAAAAGCUAAUCGUCACGGAGAAAAUGGCUCAAAUAAUCAACAUUUCGACACUCCUGCAAUACUCUAACAUUACACCAUUCAGAAGAAGGAAAGGAUUCAGGUGUUUCUACUGCAGUCGAAUAUUUGACAACUGGGAAAAAUUGAAGGAGCACACCACAGAACACAAUAAGAGUGAAAGCAGAAAUGUCUUACGCAGAUUCGGAGUCGAUAAGUUAAUCGUCUACGUUGAUAUCAGCAACUUAUGCUGUACAAUAUGUGACGCGAGCAUUCCGAACUUGAACGAAUUGAAAUGCCAUUUGAGCAAAGAACACCAGAAGAAAAUGCAUUUAGAAUUCAACGACAGAGUCAUACCUUUCAAUUUGACACCGAAUGACGGUUUCCUAUGUCCAAUGUGCGACUUCAGCUUUGCUAGCUUCGGUGCUAUUGAGAGCCAUAUGAACGAACACUUUAAGAAUUACAUAUGUAAAGACUGUGGAAUGGGUUUCCCGAGUCUGUUUCGACUGAAAGUGCACUUCAAGAUUGUGCACGUAAAGACCAGUUUUCCUUGCAAGAUUUGCCAAAAGCGGUGCAAGUCUCUGCAGGAACUUAAAAGCCAUAUUGCCACGGGACACAAUUUAGUGAAACCGGUCAAGUGUACUUUUUGUUCGGAGAGAUUUACGAAUUUUAUUCAGAGGCAGAAGCAUGUUGCGCAACAACACGGUGGGGAGCCCCCGCAAUAUAAUUGUGAUAGGAUAUUACACCCGUUUUUGGAUAGUGUCUCACUUAAAUUCUUUAGUGCUAAUACGCCAUUAAAAAGAACAUAGCACUUUAAAGAAAAAAAUUACUACAAAAAAAUUUCACUCGGUCAAGCUGCCACGUAGGAUUCGAAUCAUGGAGGUUAGAGAGACGGAGAACGAUCGCUAAGUACUAAAGCACUAGCCCGCCUGCCCUUAAAAUUUGUAGAAUUUAUAGUUCAUUUUUCAGCCACCAGCCGCGCUGCCGUCGGUAAGUAGUAUUUAUUUAUUUAUUUAUUAACAUCAACAAGAUUAACACCAACUCAUUAUAAAGUAACUUACAAACAAUGUGGAAGCGAACUAAGUGCAAUCUUAAUUAUAGAUGUUACACAAUAGCACUGAUAAGCAAAAAUAUCGCAUAACAAAAUCACACUACAUAUUUAAAAAUCUUCUAAUGAUGUGAAAUAAUUAGUAGUAAAAUUAUAUAAAAAAAAAAAAUACUAAAAUUAAAAACAUUUCAUUAAAAUUAUAUCAUUAUUCGAUAAAGUGUCACAAAAUAUUGUAAAGUAAUAAACAUUUACAGUCACCAGAAAAUACCUACGUCAAAUCUAGUAUUUUUUUUACAUUAUUUUAGAAAUAUUUAAGGAAUUAAAGAAAAUAUCGACAUCAAUUAAUUGUGAAUCAUUCUCAUGAGCAUGCUGUGGUAAUCCACAUUUGAUUCUACUAGAAUGAUUUUGGGCAAUGCUUCUGUGCAAGCCAUUGUAAGCUAUCAUCAACCAAUUCAGCGGUGAGUAGCGACCAUGGCGCGAACGAGAGAGUCUCUCCAUAAAGGGUGCAUAAGUUGUAAGCCUAGGAAGUCGCGACGGUAUGCGAAAGUUGAUCUUAGAUAAAAGGUCAGGUGUGUCAAAGAUGCCGUUCACUAGCUUGUACAAAGUAUCUGUGAAGUUAGCUGUUUUAGGUAAAACUAGAUGAAGUUCGUUGAAUAAUGUACAAAUUUUCUUCGCGGCAUUGGUCAUUUCAAAUUAUCGCACAACAGCCCGCUUUUAUUGAGACAACUUAGCGAUCGCAGCGCCUCACUUAUUUUAUCCAUAUUUCUGGGACACUAUUUUCUACAGCGAUCUUUCUACAUCUCUCUGACCUCCAUGAUUCGAAUGCGCCAUCCGCUCUCCGGGCGGAUACACCAACCGCUAUGCCACCCACAGAUUCUUUUUGAAAUAAAGUAAAACUUUAAAUUAGUAAUUGGAGCAGUUGAUAUUUAAAUGCCUAAAAUAAAAAUAUGUCCAUAUUUCAGCAUAAUCCUUCCGAAAAAUAGGUACUGAGAGUACACUGUAAAGUCAGAAACAUAUUAACGUGUUGUGGCGUGAUGCGCUAGAAUAGAAGCACAUCGGUUCCAUACAUUUACUAUGGUUAGAGACAUAUUUGUAGGGCGUCUCGUGUCGCCGUGACACCGCUGUGCUUCUGGCGCCAGCGCCAAACCAGAAUUAAAAUUAUUUUUCGAAAAUGUCCGAAGGGAAAAAAGCAUUAAGGCAGAACUAUAUUUAUCUUACGUGUUGUGAUGGGUAUUCACAUGUAUCUGAAACCUUUUGAUUACACAUGUAUCUGAAACCUUCUCACGUAGCGUUUUUAGAACAUUACUUCUGUUAUAUUUUGCGUUACCUGACUCAAAACGUUAAACUUUAAUUUUUAAUUCUAAGAAUAUAUUUGGUAAAUAUCUUUAAUUUACCAAUGGAGAAGUUUCAUGAUGUUGAUAAUGCUAUAUUUAACUUAGUAGAAUUGAUAUAUAGAUCGAAACUAAUAUACCAGUGAAAGCUGUAUACUUUUUUAUUUUUUUUAUCUGUGUUUCAUAAUUGGGUAACGUAGUCUGGCAAUAUUCGUCAUCAGCAGCUAGCUGUCAAUGUCAAAUACGUAGGUUUGUCAAUAUAACCUCUAUAUGUAGCCGGGUCGUCAAGAGAAAUAACGGAUAAAAAGGCAAUCACAACAGAGAACUUUCACAAUCACAGUACGCGGGAGCGGAUGCGAAUGAUUUUUUGUUUAUAUUUUAGGAUUGUCAAAUUGACAUUUGGUUUUUUAUUUAGAAAAAGUAAAGGAAUCAUGGUAGUCAAUAUUUUGAAGUAAAAUUCUGUUCCUUGAAGAUUUAGGGUUUCCAUAUCAAAAAAUAUUAAUUAUUAUAUAACUUCUUUCCACGAUUCACUAAAAAUAAGGCGAAAGUAGUUUUAUGUAGCAAAUAAUUUUGGCUUUAUUUUGAGACCAAAUUAAACUGUAUACAAGUUUAGCAUUUUUUCUAUGAAAAGUGCCGGGUCUCCUUUUUUUUUGAAAUCCGUCAAUAAAUGAUUGAGAAACACUUACGAUUUGGGCCUCUGACGUCAUUUCACCUAUAGUUGAGAUCGCUUGCGUUGCUUGUAGAUACCGAUUUUACGUACAGCUGUUUGUUGAUUAUUUAUAAGUAGUGUAAUUUCUAUUUUAACAUAAUGGAAAAUGAUUGCGUAAAAGGACAAACUGAUAAUUUAUCUAAAAUUGAUAUAUACGCAGUGAUGGAUUUUUUUUUCUUCAAAUCCGUUAGUGCUGAAGGAGUUAAACUUUUUAAGUAAGUACUACUUAUCUAAUAUAGUAAUGCGGUUUAAUUUUAUAAAUUGGUUACGUUCCACUAGAUGUGAGGCUGUGUCUACGUAUUCAACGGAACAUUAUUAAAUAUGCAAUAAUAUUUUUAUUUGUUUAACUAAAAAUAACGAUGGUUAUAAUAUCAAACGUUUUAUAAUCAAUUUUUGUUAAGUUGUUGAUUGCUAUAUCGUCAUCACACACAUAUUUUGUGCUUUUCAGUCCAAUUAAGUCACGUUUCAUUAGUUUGCACCAUUUCUUUCUCGUAGUCGAGUCACUUGGUACACAAAAAAAAGUUUAUUAGCCUCACCCAUUAUUAUAUUAUAAUAAACAAAACACGACACGGGCGGCGCAAAAAACAGCACGCCAAUAAAUUUAUACAUUUUCAAGUGUAUACCCGCUGCGCCGACUAGGUGAAGUGAGGUCACACGCUGGCCUGCCGCAUGAAACGAAAUUAUUGUUACAGGCGCUACUUUAAAGUCCCAUUACUUUUUCAUUUGUACAGAUAUUUUAAUGAUUCUUUAAAAUUUUUGUUUCAUAUAACUUUAAUUUUUACAAUUGAUAUAUUUAAAAAAAAUGAAAAAUUCUUCAUUGCUAAAUCCCGUAAAACUGAAAAUGAUAAUUUAUUUCUUUUAUGAUGUUAGUUUUUAAGUUUUGAGUAUAAUUUAGAUUUUAAAUGAUAUAAAAUAAUUUUUGAUCUUUAUCUUUUUUAACUUUUCAUUUAUAUAAAACACAAUAUAAAAUCUUUGAAGUACGAACUUUUAUCGAAAUUGUAGGCUUUGUCAGGAAUUUUCUAAUUCCUAAACGGGUAACCCUAGAUGUGUCGUCAAACGGCCGCUACCCCUCUUCUCUGAUACAAUCAGAGGCUCUUCUGAUGCGACACAGUAGAAGCCAUCACAACAGAAAACGAGACGCACAAGUGUAGUUUUAACGAAAUGUAUGUAACUGAUAGAGUCUGUGCGGAAAGAGAAUGGGCGUGGCGAAAAACGGAACUAACAUUAAGAUUUUUAUUUGGCAAUCAAACUCAGCAAUCUGUAAAACGUCAAAGUUUUGUAUUGAUACGGAUUUGUUUCAUGUUGUGAUUUCUUGCGGUUUUUUGUAUUUAAUCAUGUCUAAAAGGGGUAAAACCUUACAAAUACGGUAGAAAAGCACUACAGCACCCUCCAAUCUAAUCCCAUUCUCUUUCCGCACAGACUCUACCCAUUCAAUGCGUUAGAAUUAGAACACAGCACAUCAGAUAAAUGUAGUUCUGCCAUUAAUGUCAGUUGCGCCGUUAUUUUUCAAUCUUGACAGUGACGUCAUUACGAUGGAGAAUAGUUUGUUUUAUUUAAGUACUAAAUGUACAUACAACAAAUAGGAGAUAGAAUUUAAAUAAAGAAUCCCAUAUUAUAUGUGUAUUAUUGCAUAAAAACUAAUAACCUUUAAUAUAUAAGAAAGAUUAUAUGCCAACAUUAUUGCAUUUUACGAACUUCCCUUGUCAGCCAAUAGAGAGCACCGAAGUAAUCUCAUUCAUAAAGCAGUUUACAUCUCGCUCUUUAGCGGCGAGAGAGCGAGCCCGACCAAGGAACUUGUAUACUAACUGGAAUGCUUACGCGACCCUCAAAAUCGUUUCAAGAGCAUAGCUGAAUGAGGGCUAUCGCUUAUGAAUCCGCCGCUAGAGGGGCUAGUGUAGGUCUCCGAAAUGUCAAAUGUUAUUGCUUGUUGGUUGACUACGCGGGUUUAUUUCUUAUUAAAAUAAUGUUGUGAAUAAUUGGUAACAAUUCGGCUUAAUUAUGGCAAAUAUGAGUUAUGUGGCAAUGAAUGUCAGUUAUUAAAAAUAUGAGCUUAAUAAAAUGAUUAUGUUCCCAUUUUUUCCGAAUAAAACGGAACUGGGCGUCACUGUGGCAUGGCCUAUUAUGUUUAGGAUAUGGUUCUUUUGUGUUAAAAUACGAUCUAAAUGUAACCUUUGAUUUCAUGUGCGUAUUAAUAAACUUUAAAAGUUACAAUUUAGGACCUCACUCAACAGUGGCGCCAUCUGGUGAGACAGAAAACGGUAGCCCUCAUCCCAAACAGUUGCAAGAGAGGGGCAGAUUCCACUUUUGUCGUGUAGCGCUAGGAGUAUUUUCCCCCUUAUAAAGGUAGAAACAAAAAUAGACUAUGUAUAAUUAAUCAUAAUCAUUUAUUUCGUAAUAAAUUACACGUCAAUCAUAAAUUUUAUAAUAGAAAUACAUAGAGCAUUAACUAUACUUUCAAUGAAUUCAAAAAUGUCAACAUUCAAUUCCUAUGUCAAUUUCAAAUUAUAUUAAAAUACAAUAUUUAAACUCAAUAAAGUUAAAUGUUACAUACAAAUUCAUAAAAAAAUAAUGAUUAAAAAAAUAGUCAUUAAAUAUUAUAGAAAAAUAUAUUAAUCAGUCUAAUUAAUGCAAGGAUUUAUCAUUCAAAAACUCAUCGACAUUAUAAAAAGUUCUUUCAAUGAGCCAUAACUUUAAUUUAUGUUUAAAAAUAUUAAGAGACUGCGUUAGUGACCAACUAUGGUAACAAGUUAUAAACCGUCGAACCCAUGAUAUGAGUUAGCCUGCUCGAUUUGAUCAAAGUUCUCUGCUCACUGGUCAGCUUAUUCGCAUUUCGAGUGUUGUGUGAAUGUUUGUCACUGUUUUUACUGUAAAACAGUAAAUUUGAAAGACUAUGGAUGGGAGAGUUAAAACUCCGAGUUCUUUCAAAUAAGGUCGUGCUGAUUCAUCCGACCUUAUUUUAACAAUUGCACGUAUGGCCCGUUUCUGCAAUCUGAAAGCUCGCCUCCAGUCAGCAGUCCGCCUCCAUAACUCUGCGCCAUACUGUAACAAGGAAUGGACUGUUGCGAAAUAACACGACCGAACCACUUCCCUUGACAUGAUGAUUGACAAUCUGUUGAAGGCGUAGCAAGCUCCACCAAGCUUACCACACGUGCAACUGCAAUUAUAUACAGUAUAACUAGUUGGAGUACAUUUUUGAAUUCCCAUAUUGUUUCGUAAGCAUUCCAGUUAGUAUAUAAGUUCCUUGUGCCCGACUCAAGGAGAUUAUAACUAUAGGGAGUCACAGUGUUGUCAGGUCUACCGAUUUUUCAGGAGAUCUGUUUUUCUGAAAUUUCUCCUGUUCUACUGUUUUUCUACAUGAAUCUCCUGUUUUUCUUAGAAUACGAUUUUCUUUUUUAAAUUGCAUGUUUGCAUUGCAUUGCAUGGGCGUAUUGUUCUUUAAAAAGGGGGACAAGACCCUACUUAUGAACUAUCGACCCCUAUCCCUUCUAAGCCACGUCUAUAAGCUGUUCUCAAGACCGAUCGCGCACCGUCUUGCGCGAAGACUUGAUGACUUCGAACCACCGGAACAGGCUGGGUUUCGGAGCGGAUACGGCACCAUAGACCACAUCCACCCAGUGCGGCAGAUUAUACAGAAGACUGAAGAGUACAAUCAGCUCCUGUGCCUAGCAUUUGUGGACUAUGAGAAGGCCUUUGAUUCGAUUGAAGUCUAGUCUGUCCUGGAGUCACUGCAGCGUUGCCAAGUCACUGACACCGACGGUAUGGCUGGUCCACAGGUUCAAAGACGCUCAGCGCGCUAUGGAAAGGGCUAUGCUAGGCGUUUCUCUGAAGGAUCGCACCAGAAAUGUGGUAAUCCGACAGAGAACCAGAGUUAUCGACAUAGCCCACCGGAUUAGCAAGUGGCGAGAACCGAUAACCGUUGGGGUAGAAGAGUUCUGGAGUGCAACCGCGUCUAGGCAAUCGUAGUGUAGGACGUCCUCAGACACGAUUGAGUGACGAUUUGCGCAAGGUGGAUGCGAGUAGCCCAAGAUCGAUCUGAGUGGCGUGCAAUUGGAGAGGCCUAUGUCCAGCAGUGGACUAAGAUAGACUGUUGAUGAUGAAAUUGCAUGUUGAGUUGCAUUUUCCGCCAUUAAUAAUGUAGGUAACCUUAAUUAUUGUAAAAUAAAGGUUAUUUUCUAAAAAAAGAGCUUUGAGGGGCUGCAGAAGCCACAGAAACACAUUAGCUCUUUCAUACAUCUAUUGUUUUUUUUCUAUAACGCCUCCCGAUUUUUAAAAAUCGGACCUUCCAACACUGGGCAGUCAUCACUAUAAAAAACUAAAAUCAAAAAAGCUAAUGUAAGUAAAUUUAUAUGUAUGAAAAUAA